AGCGAAAAUGGAAGCUCUGGUGUUGAGUGAGAUAUUAACAGUGCAAAACAAAUAAUCUUUUAUGUCACGUUUUGCAAUGGGUUUAGCCCAAUUUUACCUCUUUUGUCUGUCCGUAAUAGUGAAAAAGUAAAUAUGACAUUACCGAAUAUACUUUUCCAAAUAUUCACUGAAUGCAAUAAAAUUUUAAGGCAGUGCGUGGAUCAGCAAGUACCUCUCGAUUACGUAUUCUCGACUUCCGUUUGAGACUGAAAUUUUCUGUUUUUUUUUUUUUAAAAAAUAUUAUUAAGGGUGCCGAUACGUGAUCGCACGGAAAUUGUCGAUUGUCAUUACUGAUCCACUAACUUAAUUGGAGAUUUUUGCAGACAUAUGCCCAAGUUUGGUAAAAGGCUAUUCAAUUGUUUACAAGAUUUACUAUGGAACAUAAAAACCGUAAAUCAAUAACAGUAAUUGUUAUUGUCCACCAUGCCGACAGGCUCAGCGUACAUGUAUAAGUUAAGAUCGAUUCCGUACUUUGAGAAAAUUCAAUAUAUAUAUAGCUACCCGAGCUCAAAUCCGUAAGUACGAAGAAAACAUACAUUUAUAAUUCCUAUUCAGUUUGUACGUAGUACGAGUGAAUCAUUAAAUAAUGGAUUUUGAAAAGGAAUUUUAAACGUAUUUCUAAAAGGUAUACGGAUCAGUGACCAUCGGUCGACUGAACAGGUUUAAAAUCAUAUAUAUUGAUCGGUUUGGGUUCUUCAUACAAUAAUACUAUAAUAACUUCGUAUAAUAUUAGCGUUGACAAUAUAGUUUAAAUAAGGUUUAUUUUGUGUUAUGGGAUCGGGUAGUUCGAAACCGAAGAAAAAAGAAACUGGAGUUAAAAAUGAAAUUCGUCCCGCAAGAGUCGACGAACCGUCUGAUAAACAAGCACCACAGCAGGAAGAAAUGUUCAAAGCUUAUAAAGCAGAACAAAACGUGCCUGAAACAAAAGCAGACGACAAGUCGGACGCUGCACGUGCAGAUGAAUUGCCUUGGAAACAAGCUUUGGAUAAAGUGGCCGGUAUGGAGUUAUGGGGCGGGAAAAACCGGGAGCAGAGAAGUCCGUGGAAGGAGUAUUUACAAAAAGCAGACGACAUUUUGAAGAAGCCACGUAGAGCUAUUCCUAAGGAAGUUGUGGGUCAGAUCCUGGAAGGCGACAUGACGGUUGUGGAUAUAUCCAGUGUGCCAACAGCACAGCCAAAGGUCGUUGUGUUUGUCAGUUCAACUUUCACUGAUACUAAAGCAGAGCGAAACCACCUCAUGAAAGAUGUGUAUCCGUACCUAAGAGGUUUGUGCAGACGUUUGGGUGUUGACUUUGGUACUGUUGAUAUGAGGUGGGGCGUUACCCAGGAAGCCACGCUUGAUCAUAGUACAGUUGAAAUGUGUGUCAACGAAAUACACAGGUGCGUCAAAGACAGCGUUGGUCCGGCAUUUCUGUGUCUGAUGGGUCACAAGUAUGGAUACCGACCCUUGCCAGCCCAGAUUGAACAGUCGGAGUUUGAAACUCUUCUGAAUCAUCUACAACAGACUGGACACGAUACGUCCUUGAUCAAUAACUACUAUUUCCUUGACAACAACGCUGUGCCCUCCGAGUUUGUACUAAAACCAAGAACGGAGGAUAAUGAAACCUGGUGGGAUGAUGUUGAAGGCAUCCAGAAACAGUUUCGGGAAGCUUCGGUAGCUUGUUUCGGAGAACAAAACAAGAAAUGUGACAAGUAUCACAUUUCCGUCACUGAAACAGAAAUACAUACGGGCGUUUUCAACAAUCCAACCGCUCAAACUCAAGCGUGCUUUAUACGCAGAGAUCUCGCGAAAUUUUCUGAGGAUUUUCAUAAAGAUCGCAAAAUCCUUGACUUAGUUGGUCCAAAUAUUGACGAAUAUGCUCGUGAUAAACUUGCAGAGCUCAGAAAAAAGAAAAUCCCAAGCAAGGUACCUCCGGUAAUAGUCAAAGAUAUGAUAUAUGAAGAAGCUGUACCUAAACAGGUAGCGGAGAAGAUCAAGGAUUUGUGCGAGCACGUUUGCAAAACAAUGGCAGACGGGAUACUAGAAAACUAUGAAAAUCGGCUUCAUGUUGAAGAGGACAGAGUUUUUCAAGAGGCUUUACAGCAUAGAAGUCAUGCCAGUGAGAAAGCUAGUUUAUUUGUCGGCCGUGAGAAUGAAAUUAGACAUAUAAUGGAUUAUAUGCGGUCUUCUUCAACUAAGCCGCUUGUGGUUCAUGGACAGUCUGGUUGCGGUAAAACUGCACUAAUGGCCGUCGCUGCAAGAAAGGCCAAAGAUGCUUUCUCACACGCUGUAGUAGUACUUCGCUUUCUAGGAACCACAGGUCAGACAGCUUCAGCCAGACUUCUUCUACUAAAUGUCUGCGCUCAGAUAACACGUGUUUACAACAAAAACUUGUCAGCUAUACCUACCUCGUACAAGGACCUUGUGAAAUAUUUCAGAACCUGUCUCGCAUUUGCAACUUCAAGCAAACCCGCUAUAGUAUUCCUUGACUCGCUAGAUCAGUUGAAUAAUGAAGACUUUGGACAGAACUUGGCAUGGCUUUCAUUGUCAGAAGAUUUACCUCCGAAUGUGAAGUUCGUUGUAUCAUCUCUGCCUACACGGUCUUUGGAUAUCCUGAAAUCUCACCUCAAUGAUGCUGUUUUUGUAGAAGUGCGGCCAUUAUCCUUGGAUGAAGGUCCAGAAAUCUUGAAGAAAAUGCUAGAAGCGAAACACAGACGUGUGACUGAAUCUCAGAAAUCAUUGAUUAUAGACGCUUUCAAAAAAUGUCCGCUGCCUUUGUUCCUCCGCCUGGUUGUAGAUAUUGCAGAGCGCUGGAAGUCUUUUGACACUGUAGAUUCUAGUGCACUAGCAGACGACAUGCCAGGUCUGAUAACUAAACUGUUUGAUCGGUUAGAAUCUCGUUUUGGUGACAUGUUUGUACAUCAUGCAUUGGGUUAUAUUACUGCUGCCAAGAACGGUCUGUCCCUAGCUGAACUAGAGGAUAUCCUUUCAUGCGAUGACGAAGUUUUAGAUAGCAUUUUCCAGUGGUGGAUUCCGCCAAUCAGGCGUAUACCUCCUCUGCUUUGGGCGCGGGUCAGAAACGAACUUGGAAUUUACCUCGCCGAGAAGGGUACGGAUGGAAUUAGCGCUUAUGGGUGGUAUCACAGACAGUUCUGGGAAACUGCGGAGAAAAGAUACCUCCAAAAACCCUUCAACAAUGACACCGACCUCUUUGUAGGAAAGGCUCAUACAGCCAUUGCAGAUUACUUUGAGGGAAAAUGGGAUGAUGGUAAACCGUAUACCAGCAAGGGAGAGACGAAAAUCGAAGACAGAAAGAUUGCAAAACAAUCACUUGUGCUAGGUGGUAAUCGUAGCACGGGGAGACAACUGAAUAGGAGAAAAUUGACCGAACUGCCUUACCAUCUCAUCAAGAUAGAGGAAUGGGACAGAUUUAGAAAGCUCGUGAUUGACCUAGAAUACAUAGAGGCGAAGUUCGAAGCCGGCGAUGGUUACAAUUGUUUAAGUGAACUCAUAGAAGCCACGAAACUUUCUGGACUUGACGAUAUUAAACGAUUGACACGUUUUGUUGGAUCAAAUUUAGGAUUUCUGAUCAGGGAACCAACCGGCGUGUAUCAGAUGGCGCUUCAACAGGCGAGAGGAAGUAACGUAAGGGAACUGCUUGGCAGAUUGUCAAAAGAGAAUCUACCUUUGCCGUUAAUGGAGAAUCUACACGAGUCUGACUACGACGAUCCGUGCGAGAUGACUAUGCAUGGUCAUACAGAGACACUUCGAUGCUGCGACUAUUCUCCUAAAGGGGACCUUAUUCUGUCUUCUGCUGAUGACUGCACUAUGCGGAUAUGGGAUGCAACAACAGGAGCAGAGAUCGUGACAAUAACGUCACUUCCGGGGCCGAUAUUCCCAGAUAAAAAUGAGGGAAUGCAAUUGAUGUUACAUCCGGUGAAUCCAUCUUGCUUUUCACGCUCAGGGGAAACUAUUGCUAAUGGUACAGAGAUUGGUGAAGUUAUGCUUUGGGACAAAUCCGGUGUGCAGUUACAUUCAAAGAGCACACCGAACAAGGCUGUGGUAUACAUACACUUUUCUCCAGACAACCGGCAAAUUGCAACAGCCUUCAAAAACAGCGUUCUUUCAAUUUGGUCGGCAGACGACUUGAGUCACGUAAAAACAGUAGAUUUUGAUUGGUUAGAACUGACAUGCCUUGACUAUUCCAGGGAUGGAAAGAAACUGGCUGUGAUGUGCUUAAGGGGUAUGAAAAUUGUAAUGAUUGGAUUGAUCCUCCUUGAUACUGACGGGUAUAAUGUUACUUCGAAAGAAACCGGAAGUUGCUACAAUAACCUCUGUAGUACAUUUCAUCCUAGUGGUUCGCAGGUUAUGACGGGCGGUGAUGAUAGUUGUGUCAGUAUAUGGAACGGCAACAACGGCACUUAUCAGACAAAGCUGAAGGAACACAAUGCCUGGAUUUGGACAAUCAAGUUCACCCCAGACGGUAAACACAUGUUUACUGGUUCUUCGGAUAGGUCUAUGAAGGUGUGGAGACAGACAGGCGGAAGUUGGAGUGUUAUUGCAACCGUCGGGGGUCAUUCUCACAGAGUCAGCAUGAUAUCACUAGAGGAAAACGGAAAUAAGUUGGUCACAUCGUCCAUUGAUAGGUCAUUGAAAGUUUGGGACACUGCAACUCUUCUCCGCGGAGCAGUACCUCCUGUCGGCGGCGGCCAUUACUUGACAUGUGUGAUCUCACCGAAUGGCUCUUUUCUAGCUAUAGCACAAGGCUGGAUGAAGCAGUGUGGAUUGCUUGACGCUGCACAGUUUGAUCAGUCUCCAGAAACGUACACUGACGCCCAUAAAGGUUUCAUCAAGAUGGCCCAGUUCUCAUCCGACAGCAGUCGUUUAUUCGUACUUGACCAUGGUCAUUCAGGCGGAUAUGAGGCAGGAUCAGAGAAAUACGCUGCUAUAGAGGUGAGGUCACUGCUAAGCGGUUCUAGCUCAUACAUAAACGUUCAGUCGCCGUACUCUUUCACUUUGACCAAUACACACGUCGUCGUAGGAACAUUUUACGGUGAACUUCACCUUUUUGACAUCAAUAGCUACUCAGAAAUUUUAAAAUGGAAGUCAAGAAGUGGGGGCGCUAUAACUAGGGUGGCGGCGUGCAAUGCAGGGGGCAAAUAUAUGAUCGCAGCAUGCUUUGGAACAGUGUGUCAAGUGUGGGAAUUCAAUGGCAGCAGUGUCAAUUUAGUUGGUGAUAUGAGUGACCAUGAUACAGAUAUUUACGAUGUGGCAUUUUCUCCCGAUGGUCAUUAUCUUGUCAACGGCGUCGGAUCAGGAAAACUUUACAUUUGGGACACGUCAAAUAAAAAUAUCUCGCUCUUUAGAAUAGCCACUGAGCAUGCGUCGUACAUAAAGGAUAUAAAAUUUUCAACUUCCGGAAAUUAUUUAGUGACGUCAGCCGGACUGAGCAUGCGCGUGUGGGAUGUUAAAGAUGGCAUGAGCUUACUUUGCACGUACUAUGCCCCGGUUAACUGUGCAUCAUUUUUCAAUGACAGUGUCGUCAUUGUUGGCGAGGCAACAGGCAACCGGAAGUACCUCCAGUUUAGGACGGAUUACACCAAAUCGGAAGUGACUACCCAGUGUAAGAUGUGAAGUAGUCCAAAAUGUAGUUCCAUGCUAUGGAUGAAAUCUGGUGUAAUGAGUGACAUGAGGAGGUGACAGUUGCAUUUUUUGCUUAAAUUUUAUUGCUUAUUGUAUUGAGAAAAGAUCUAGACCAUUUUCAUUGUGAAUUUCCUGGAAUAAGUUUUAUUCUUUGCGAAAACUUUCUACCUACGCUUGAUUGCUAAACGGCUGUUUUCAUGGGGGCAUUUUUAGAGGGUGAUGUUUCUCAGAACAGAUUAUUUUUCUUAUAUACAACAUAAAAUGUCUAUUUUUACUAUUUUUGAUAAGAAGACAUGUCAUACUAAAUGACCAUAUAUGGUUUUCAUAUCAUUGAAAUGCUCUAAAGUGCUGAAAAUGAGAUCUGAAUAUUUUAUUGUUAAUAUGAAAUAAAUAAGGAAUUGAAUUGUUAAAAUGUAACCUUAGGGAACAAUGAUUCGUAAACAAUGCAACAUGUUUAUAAAUGAUUCUGUAUGAUGAAUUGUAACUUUUUCAUUCGACAUUUGCACCUUCGACCACGUUCAUGUUUCUAAUAGUUAAAAAUGGUCCAGGAUGCUCACUUAACCUGUACCACGCUAAAUUUCUAUGAUGAACUUGUCCAUCUUUCAAUUCGAACAGCACCAUUAACUGCCAAAAGGGGUGAUUACCAAAAAUAUACAGACUCAGACUGAAGAGCGAACAGUGCAGAUCAUGAUCAGUCUGCACGGAUGUGCAGGCUGAUCAUGAUCUACACUGGUCGCAAAUCGUGUCCAGCAUGAUAAGGGUUAAUCUAUCGCAAGUUUGUGCAUUUCGAAUUUUUUUCUUUCUUUUAUAAAUCACACCAACUACGCGUGACUUUCCGUCUAAGUAUGACCAAAUAUCUGAGCAAUAUUUCAUAACUCUGCCCUUUUGUCAUUGUUUCUUCUAAACGUAUUUGUUUUACUUCAGUUGUUUUAUCUGUCAAAUAAACUAUAUUAAAAAAGCA